ACGGUUCGUCGGUUCCUUGCGGCCCGAAGCGGUCACAACACCUCGCAUGCCUCUACGGCUCUACGCCUCCCGCUACACACCCACACCCACCACGGCCCACCUUCCGCCUUGCGACUCCAAAACCCUCCCUCCUUCCCCUUCCUUGCCCCGCCCUAGGGUUCGCGCCGCCGCGCUGACCCUGUCGUAGCCAUGGGGUCCUCGCUCCCGCCCAAGGAAGCCAACCUCUUCAAAGUCAUCGUCAAAUCCUACGAGACUAAGCAAUAUAAGAAAGGGCUUAAGGCUGCAGAUUCCAUAUUAAAAAAGUUUCCAGAGCAUGGUGAAACACUAUCAAUGAAAGGUUUGACGCUAAACUGCAUGGACCGAAAAUCUGAAGCGUACGAGCUUGUUCGACGAGGCCUGAAGAAUGAUCUGAAGAGUCAUGUCUGUUGGCAUGUUUAUGGUUUGCUUUAUCGGUCAGAUAGAGAAUACAGAGAAGCUAUAAAAUGUUACAGAAAUGCAUUGAGGAUUGAUCCAGAUAACAUAGAAAUUCUUCGUGACUUGUCCCUUCUCCAGGUUGGCGUAAAUUAACAAGCGUUUUUUAUUUAUAUUUUGGCAGUGGUGAGAGCAUUCCCAUUGAGUCACCAGGUCACGGGUUCGAAGCAGCCUCUCCGCAUUUGUGGGGGGAAAGCUUGACUCGGUUUAUCCCUCCCCCAGACUCCACUCAUGUGGGAGCCUCCGUCACUGGGCACAGAUGAGGGACUUGUCUGGCUUUGUUGAGACUAGGCAACAACUUUUGUCGUUAAAGCCAAAUCACCGCAUGAACUGGAUUGGUUUUGCGGUUGCUCAUCAUUUGAAUUCUAAUUCUUCCAAGGCAGUAGAAGUAUUGGAGGCAUACGAGGGAACACUGGAAGAUGAUUAUCCUCCAGAGAAUGAGCGAUAUGAACACAAUGAAAUGCUGCUGUAUAAGAUAUCAUUGUUUGAAGAAUGUGGGAUGCUAGACAGAGCCCUUGAGGAAAUGCAGAAGAAGGAGAGCAAAAUUGUUGACAAGCUAUCAUUCAAAGAACAAAUGGCAUCCGUCUUGUUCAAACUUGGCCGCUUUGAUGAAUCUGAGAGCAUAUACAGAUCCCUGCUUUUUAUGAAUCCUGAUAACUACAAAUACUUCAUUGCUGUGCAAAAGUGCCUUGGCUUAUACUCUGAUAAUGGUCAAUAUUCUGCUGCUGAUGUUGAGCGCUUAAGUGCAUUGUACAACUCACUUAAAGAGAAGUAUGCUUGGUCAUCUGCUGUGAAGCGUAUCCCUCUUGAUUUUCUGGAAGGUGAGAAGUUCCAGGAGGCAGCAGACAACUAUGUCAGACCUCUAUUAACAAAGGGUGUGCCCUCACUAUUUUCCGAUUUAAGCCCACUGUAUGAACAUCCUGGCAAGGCAAACAUACUGGAGCAGUUAUUUCUUAAACUAGAAGAUUCAAUUAGGGAUUCUGGAUGCUUUCCUGGAUGUCCACAGAAGGAGCCUCCUUCCACACUGUUGUGGACCCUGUUUUUGAUUUCUCAGCACUACGACAGAAGAGGGCAAUAUGACAUUGCUUUGAAUAAAAUCGAUGAGGCUAUCUCACAUACACCGACUGUCAUCGAUCUAUAUUCAGUAAAGGGAAAGAUAUUGCAACAUGCUGGAAAUUUCACAGCAGCAGCCGCAUUAGCAGAUGAAGCUAGGUCCAUGGAUCUUGCUGAUCGUUAUUUAAACAGCGAGUGUGUUAUGCAGAUGCUUCAGGCUGACCAGGUUGGCCUUGCCGAGAAGACUGCUGUCUUGUUUACAAAAGAUGGUGAUCAACACAAUAAUCUUCAUGACAUGCAGUGCAUGUGGUAUGAGCUUGCUUCUGGGGAGAGCUAUUACCGUCAAGGUGAUCUUGGCCGGGCCCUAAAAAAUUUCUUGGCAGUUGAAAAGCAUUACGCUGAUAUGACUGAAGAUCAAUUUGACUUCCAUUCAUAUUGCUUGCGGAAAAUGACACUUCGAGCAUAUGUUUCUAUGCUGAAGUUUCAGGAUCGUUUGCAUGCUCAUGAAUACUUCCACAAGGCUGCUGCUGGAGCUAUCAGGUGCUAUAUGAAACUACAUGAUUCUCCAACAAAAUCUUCUAAGGAAGAGAAUGAUGAGAUAUCAAAACUGCCACCUGCUCAGAGGAAGAAGUUGAGGCAAAAGCAGAAGAAAGCAGAAGCGCGUGCUAAAAGGGAGGCUGAAGAGAAACAAGAGGAUGAAACAGCUUCAUCUAACAGUUCAAAAUCUGGCAAGAAACAACAUGCAAGACCAGUUGAUCUGGAUCCACAUGGUGAAAAAUUAAUCCAGAUUGAAGACCCGCUUGCAGAAGCCACAAAAUACUUGAAGCUUCUGCAGAAUAACUCGUCAGACUCAUUAGAGACCCAUAUACUUUCAUUUGAGCUAAGCAUGAGAAAGCAAAAGGUUUUACUUGCUUUCCAGGCAGUUAAACAGCUCAUUAAAUUGGAUGAAGAUAAUCCAGACAGUCACCGUUGUUUGAUAAAGUUCUUCCACAAGAUAAACAGUCUUCCUGGACCUGUGACUGAUUCUGAGAAGCUAAUUUGGAAUGUUCUGGAAGCUGAACGACCUGACAUGAGGCAAUUACAUGGAAAGUCCCUCGUUGAAGUAAACAGAAGUUUCCUUGAAAAACACAAUGCUUCCUUGAUGCACCGAGCAGCUGGUGCUGAAAUGAUGUAUCUCUUAGAGCCAAAUAAGAAGAUGGAGGCAAUUAAUUUAAUUGAAGAUUCAACAAAUAUUACAUCAUCAGGGCAUAGUUUGCUUGGUCCUGUAAAAACAUGGCAAAUUCAAGAUUGUAUUGAUGUUCAUAAAUUGCUGGAGACAGUCUUUGGUGAUCAGAAUGUUGCAAAUAGGUGGAAGGCACGGUGCGCGGAAUAUUUUCCGUACUCGACGUACUUUGAAGGCAUCAAGAGCGCUAUUUCAACCUAUGCCAUUGACCAUAGUCUCGAGAGCCCACCAGAAAAUGGAAUUGCUUCAAACCCUCAUCUGAAAUCAAAAGAUGGAGAACAAGGGAGUUUGAAUGGGACUCUGCAUAUUGUAGAUGAUUUGAGCAGCCUAAGCAUUCGGUAAUGCACGAACAAGUUGCUGAAUGGUCACAACUGGAACACAACAUUUUAGAACUGGAGCCAGUACCCAAUUAACCAAAGCGUACACGAACAAGGGGAACAAAGUGCUCUGGUGCAAGUAGUUGUCGGCACAUCACAUAUGAAGAGUAUAUUAUUGAUUGGGAGCUGAGGUGUCCAGUCAGGUUAUUGUCUUGGUUCCAGCCUGUACCUUUUUGUUGCCAUUUUGUAGACAGGGAAAGAAAAAAAAUCUUCCGUCUCAAUUACGGUGAAGUUGUGACAGCGUUUGUUGCCUAGCGAUAUCAGGGUGUGACCAUUCGUUUGAAACAGUGCUCCCUCUCUUUUUGGACUACAAAAUUUUGGCACAAAGCAGGUGUACAAGGUUAAACCUUUUAAAACUUUCAUCUAUUUGUUUCGGGAUAGUUUGGUGUGUGGGGGGGUUUGUCUUGAUCCUUUGUGCUACUGCAACAUUUGGUCCUCGACAUUGUAAAUUAGUUAAUCUUAAACAUAGAAACUGUAUUCCAGUUGUCAUGACAAAUAAUGAUCAAUGUUAACCCUGGGUGUUUGAUCUAUUCCA